GCCGAGCAAAAGAUGUAACAAUGCCAGCGAAGCUUCCAGUGAAUUUUUUCUCCACAAGAUCUCCAGUCAUUGAUCUUUUUCGGGGACAAUUAGACUAUGCAGAUCACCUCCGUCAGGAUUCAGAAAUUGUGCUGUAUUUCUUCUAUGCGCCAUGGUGUGGCCAGUCCAUUGCAGCGAGAGAAGAAAUAGAACAUGUGGCUAGCAGAUUGUCAGACCAGGUGCUGUUUGUGGCUGUAAAUUGCUGGUGGAACCAGGGGAAAUGUAGGAAGCAGAAGCAUUUCUUUUAUUUUCCUGUGAUACACUUAUACCAUCGGAGUUUUGGACCAAUUGAAUACAAAGGCCCUAUGAGUGCUGUUUAUAUUGAAAAGUUUGUUCGCCGGGUGAUGACACCACUACUCUACAUCUCGUCUCGAUCAAAAUUACUAGAUUUCCUCUCAAAUUAUGAGCCUGGAGUUCUAGGAUAUUUUGAGUUCAAUGCUUCACCUCAACCACCUGGUUAUUUAACAUUCUUCACAUCAGCAUUACAUUCAUUAAAGAAAGAUUACCUUGGAACAAUACGCUUUGGAGUGAUCACGGAUAAACGUGUUGCAGAGGAGAUCUCAUUGGUGCAUUCAGGCAGCGUGUAUUUGCACAGACAUGUCAACACAUCUCUUAUAUAUCCAAAUGACAUCAUGAACUAUACUGCUGAGAACAUUUGCAAGUGGGCUCUAGAAAAUCGAGAGAUGUUUAUACGCUGGCUGAGACCACAUGGUGGAAAAAGCCUUCUUCUAAACAAUGAGCUGAAGAAAGGACCAGCACUUCUCAUAUUUAUACCUUACAAUCCCUUAGCAGAAAUUCAUCCUCUUUUAGAUGAAAUUACCAAAGUGGCCUUGGAAUACCACAACUGUAAUAAAAGUCAGGCAGUUGAGCCAGAUUUUCAACACUUAGGAGACACAGAUUCACCAGCUUUUGAUUCCUCUGUAACAGAUGCACAUAUGAAAUUAUUGGAAACAUUUUCAAUAACCAAGUACCCAUGCUGUAACACAGUGGUGCUUCCACAGUGGCAUUCAAUAUCUAGAACUCACAAUGUCUGUGAGCUUUGCAUUAACCAGACACUUGGUGUCAAACCAAAUAAAGUCCAUGUGCCACGCUGUAACUUUUUAGAGAUAGAAGCAGCUUUGGACUCUUUCUACCUCCAGGAACAUACCUUUUUUCAAGUUAUAUCAAAUACCAUAGAAUGCAGCAAUUUCUUAAGUUUCUAUAGUCCUUUUAGCUAUUACACUGCAUGUUGCAGGACGGUAAACAGACAUUUUUUAAGUUUCAUUAGUUCUGAGAAGACCAUCUUUCAGACCCCCAGAGUAGCAUUUUCUUCCCAUGGGAAGAAAGGUAACACCCAAUGUUCUAUUCCUCACAUUGAGGAUAGGAAUUGUUUUAUUCCUGACCUUCAUAUUAGUGGCACUAACAUUACAGGUCUGAGCUGCAGGACCAACAAAACCUUGAAUCUCUAUCUACUGGAUUCAAAUCUUUUUUGGAUAUAUGCAGAGAGACUAGGAGCAUCAAGAUCUACUCAUCUUAAGGAAUUUGCUGCCAUUGUUGACCUGAAAGAAGAAGUACACUAUGUCCUGGAUCAAAAUCAAUCACUUGUUGGAUCUACCCUGGAGAACUUUAUAAAAAAUUUCAGUAUUCUCUACAGUCCCUUGAAAAGGCAUCUUGUUGAUGAUCCUUCAGUCCAUUCUCAUGAGCAGCAUGUAAUCACAGAAGUGACAACUAAUACCUUUCAUGAUACCGUGUUUUUGAGUGAAAAGAAUGUCUUGCUGCUCUAUUAUGCACAGUGGUGUGGAUUCUGUGCUUCUCUUAAUCACAUCUUUAUUCAACUUGCUCGGCUUUUGCCUCCUGAUAAUUUCAUUGUGGCAAGAAUAGAUAUCACUCGAAAUGACCUUCCAUGGGAAUUUAUGACAGACCAUCUCCCAACCAUUUUAUUUUUUCCUCAUCAGAGGAAGGAACAAAGUGUGAAGUUCCCUGAAGACUUUUCAGUUAACCUUCCUAAUCUCCUGAAAUUUAUUUUACAUCACUCAAAUCUGUCUUCAUCAGAGCCAUGUACCAAAGAAUGCCUACAUAAAGAGACAGUUCUACAGCAAGGACACAUCUCACACUUGGAGAGAGAAAUUCAGAAGUUAAGAUCAGAAAUCAGUGCCCUUCAUCAGGCCCAUUACCGGCUGGAAGCACAGCUUUCUGAAGCUAGGCAAGAGGAACAUAGACUACAGGAGCAAAAACACACACUGGAAAAGCAGCACAAGACUUUGCAGCUCCGCAGUGAGCAGUUACAGGCCACAUAUGACCAGAAGAAUCAAGAAUUAUUAGAAAUGGCUGAAAAGCUUCAAGAAUUAGCUGAUGCAUCAGAAAACCUCCUUAAAGAAAAUACUUUACUGAGAAUCCUGGUAGCAUCAAGGGAAGGAAAGCUACAGAGCAAAGAUGAAAUUAAAGAAUCCCUUCAGUCAGAGCAAAUGGUUUCUGAAGAUAAUGAUGUAUCUGUUUCAAAAGCUACUGCCACAUUAGGGGAAAAAAGGAUUGAUAAUACUGAUACCACAGAGACAGAGCACAAUAGUGGCAACAGGACAGAAUGAUUACUUACACAAAGUCAAAUGAUGCAGUAUUGGGUUACAAACUGGGCUCUUGCCAUUCCCAUUUCUUUUGGGAUCAUGAGGAGUACAAUGGGACCAGGAAGAUCACUGUUUGGGACAGUGCUUUUUCUGAACAAAGCCUGCACAGAACAGUUCAAAGGAGUUAUGAGAGGUAGGCAUUUAUUGCUGUCCUUAUGUGAAGAGCUGCAUAGUACUUUAAUUGUUAUUUAUUGUUCUUGGACACUUCUGUU